UGGCUGGAAAAGAAGAACUGUAAAUCUUUGAUUUUUUUCUUCAACUCUUUACCAUCACUUGUCGUUCUAUCUCCGCCUUCUCUUUCUGCAGGAAACUUUAUUUCCUACUUCUGCACAACAAGUUUCUACCUCCAGAUCUGAGGUUUUUGUUGCUGAGAAGUCUGAGAUACCAGUGCUACCAAGAAGAAGCCAUCCCUGAAGCAAGGGAAAUGGAAGACAGUGAUAUGUUACCUCAGAUCAUCCAUGGCAUACUGUCAACAUCUCAUUCUCUGUUUACAAGAAGUAUCCAAGAGCUUGAUGAAGAUGCCACCACACCUUAUGACUAUGAUAAUGGUGAACCUUGUCAUAAAUACAAUGUGAAGCAAAUUGGCGCCUGGAUCCUGCCCCCACUCUACUCUCUGGUAUUCAUCUUUGGUUUUGUGGGUAACAUGUUGGUUAUUCUCAUCCUGAUAAGCUGCAAAAAGCUGAAGAGCAUGACUGACAUCUACUUGUUCAACCUGGCCAUCUCUGACCUGCUCUUCCUGUUUACUCUCCCAGUCUGGGCUCACUAUGCUGCAAAUGAGUGGGUCUUUGGAGAUAUAAUGUGUAAAUUAUUCACAGGGCUCUAUCACAUUGGCUAUUUUGGUGGAAUCUUCUUCAUUAUCCUCCUGACGAUUGAUAGGUACUUGGCUAUUGUCCAUGCUGUGUUUGCUCUAAAAGCCAGGACAGUCACCUUUGGGGUGAUGACAAGUGGAGUCACUUGGGUGGUGGCAGUGUUUGCCUCUCUCCCAGGAAUUAUAUUUACUAAAUUCAAAGAAGAAUAUUAUCAUCACACCUGUGGUCCUUAUUUUCCAUUAAUAUGGAAGAAUUUCCAUGCAAUAAUGAGGAAUAUCUUGAGCCUUGUUUUGCCCCUGCUUGUCAUGGUCAUCUGCUACUCAGGAAUCCUCCACACCCUGUUUCGCUGUAGGAAUGAGAAGAAGAGACACAGGGCUGUGAGGCUUAUCUUUGCCAUCAUGAUUGUCUACUUUAUCUUCUGGACUCCCUACAACAUUGUUCUCUUCCUGAACACCUUCCAGGAAUUCUUAGGACUGAGUAACUGUGUGGUUGCCAAUCACUUAGACCAGGCCAUGCAGGUGACAGAGACUCUUGGAAUGACACACUGCUGCAUCAACCCUGUCAUUUAUGCCUUUGUUGGGGAGAAGUUCCGAAGGUAUCUCUCUAUAUUCUUCAGAAAGCACAUUGCUAAACGUCUCUGCAAACAGUGCCCAGUUUUCUACAGAGAGACAGCGGAUCGAGUGAGCUCAACAUUCACCCCUUCCACUGGAGAGCAAGAAGUCUCAGUUGGGUUGUAAAGCAAGUGGCAGUUUGUAUUUUUUGGCAGGUACCAGGAGCAGUUUGUAUAUGGUAACAAGCUUCAAAGACAAUGAAUCUCACCUUUGGGUUUCGACCCCUUGGGGGCUGAAUGACACUUUCACAGGGAUUGCCUAAGACCAUCAGAAAACACAGAUAUUUACAUUACAAUUCAUAACAGUAGCAAAAUUACAGUUAUGAAGUAGCAACAAAAAUAUUUUUGUAGUUGGGAGUCACCAUGACAUGAGGGACUGUGUUAAAGGGUCAUAGCAUUAGGAAGGUUGAGAACCACUACUCGAAGAUAUAUUGAAGAAUAGAGACCUUUAAGUCAGGUAUCCAGGAACCUUAGGAUUAUGCCAAGACAGAACUACACCACUUCUUGUAUAUAUAAUACAUGUUCAGGCAACAUUCUAGAAUAAAUGUUGGUAGAAUCUUCAGCUUUGCAGUGAACUCAUCUCUGCCUCUAGGAAGAGCCUCAUUGCCUUGUGUUAAUAAUAUUUUGCCAAUCUUCACUAUGUUUCCCCUUAUUUCUAACAAGAUAGGCAUGGAAUGAACAGGAAGGAGGUUGUAAUGGCGUCAGGACUGAGUGAGAAGAAAGAAGAGAUAAACAUUGUUGAUCCUGGAUGAAGAUAAGAUGAGCAGGGGUCUUUUUCACUUGGAAAGAAAUGUCCUGGUCUUUAGCUCCAUCUCCCAUCUGUAUUUAAUUAUGAAGGCUUUAUCAAGUUGUGGAAAAUCUGGAAACUGUAAUAACUAGUUGGGAACUUUAUUUGAGCCCCGUAAUCCUUUCAUACAUAACUGCAUAGCACAUUUUUGCUUUGUUAUUUUUAUCUAUGGCAACAUGGAAAAUCUUCAAUAUCACACUCUAUUGCUUACAUGUUUUUCAAACCACGUCUCCUCACAUGGUAUUUAUAAAAUUAUUAUUUAUAAAAUAUGCAUCAUUAGUGGUUAGCCUAAAAAUAAUAAAGGCUCUUUUUUUAUCUUUCCAGAAAGAGCAAAGACUUGAGGUAGUGAGUGACCAAGAAUGAGGAGAAAAGCCAAUCCCUCCAUCAGGCAUAGAGAGCUGAAGCAAAAAGGCAGGGGAUAUGUGGAACAAUAUCACAAUAGCAGGGACGUGUGUUUAGAACCACAUAGAAUCAGAGGCAAAAUGGAUGCCUCAGCACUGAGGAAAGGUUGCUAUCUGGGUGUGAAUUGGUUUUAUUUCAUUGCUGCUAUUUCCUGCUGCUCUGCUACUUUUGCACCUGCCUCUUUCCCAUUGGCCUUUAUUUCUUAACUGCCAUACUUCAAACAUCAGUGGGCCGGAGGGAAGUAUGUAUGAAACAGCCAAAUAUGAACCCCUAGAUAGUCCCAGAAGAGAAAAUGCACUGGGUAUGUUUUUGUGGGCAAAGAAAGGGAUGGAUGCAGCAGGGACAGAAGCCCUUGCUUUGGAAAUUAUACUCCUAACCUAAGAACAUAUCUUAAUUACCAGGCAGGAUAAGCCUGGAUAAAAAAGAUUGCCGAUGGAGUGGGAAGAAGUGUGUCACAAACUAUCUUUCAGUGCCUUAUUUUUGGAUACAAACAUAAUUCAAAGAUUUCAAAAAAUCAAAAAUAGAAAAAAUAAAAUCAAGACUGGAAACUUUAACUUUUAAAUGUGAUGAAAUACCUCUGUAAGAGGUUUUACCUUGCCAAACUUGAAUGUGUUACAUUAGUUAUAGAGAAAAUUCUGGCUUUAAGCAUCUGAACUGACAUAGACAACUCUGGAUUGACAGGGCCUUAGAUUUGUGAUCUGUGGACUUACCCAACUAUGAUGAUAAAGAGUCUAAGCCAUCUUGAGCCCAGCACAUGCUACACAGAUGCCAUGUCAGCAGUGUACUUGUUCUCUCAGCCUUGUUUUCCUCAAACUCCUUUUUAUCAUUCUUCCUAGAUGUGCCACUGGUGAUAGAUUGUCCUUUGGGUGAGUGGGGAUCCCUAAAUCAAGCCAGCUUCUAACCAAAGCUUUAACAAUUUAAUUUACAAAGAAGAGGACUUAGACAAAUUCCUUCUCAUAAGAAAAAUAUCUCUCCUGAAUUGAACCAAGAAUGUUCUUCCCUAUCCCAUAGUAUGUUUCUCAUCUGACGAAGCAACAAAGGAUCAGACAGCCUGGGAACUGGAAGUCUUUGUGGUUUGGCUUUGCUACCACAGGAUGAGAAAAAGUUUCUGGAAGAAGUGAGGGAUAAGAGUAUCAUCUUCAGAUAUCCUAAUAGUUUUAUUUUAAUGAUGAUGAGAUGUAAAUAUUUUUUUAAAAACCUAUAAUUUGAGAAAU